UGUUUUUCACCAUCAUGGCCGGAGCGUGGAGUGGUUCCAGCGGGUGGGGCUCGUCUUACGAAGCGCUCAUGUUGCGCGUGGAAGCGAAUGAUCCGACGCUGCGGGAUUUGGUGAUUCUGCCGACAAAAUCUUGGUCGGCGUCGCAGGUAGACCGGCUGGCCGCGGCACUUGCGCACGGCACCAACACUCACUUGUGCGCGAUCCAUGCUUCGGGACAUGCCGUGCCGCCGGAAUCGCUACGUAGUUUGGGACAAGCCAUUGCCCAUUGCGGCCAUCGAAUCCAACACUUGGCCGUAGGCGACGUCACGAUGGGAGACGCCGGGGCCCAGGCGCUCCUAGACGGUCUCACGGACAAUGGCGUGACAUCCGCCUACGCGGAAUCCAAAUCCCACGCGUUGCUUGAUUUGAGUUAUAAAGGUCUGGGACCAGCGUCUUUCUGUCGGUUGGUCCACUUUUGUGAACGUGAGAAUCAUCCAUGGUCACGCUGGUGUCUCGCUCGCAACGUUGGCUUGCUAACAAGUCCUGUCGGCAACGAUAUCCCUCACGCUGCGGUACUCCUUCAGCGUUUGCACGAAUUGGACCUUUCCGAUUGCGAUUUAGACGAAGACCAGUGUGUGUCUCUCUUUGCCUUAGAUACAACCAGUGGUGCGAGUACCCUGCGCUCCUGUCGACUUUCGCACAACCCGCGGAUUGGCCCUCGCGGUGCACGAGCCGUAUGGCAUUUUCUCCUCUCAUCUUCAUCAUCAUCACCACGACUACAUCAAGAACCAGAACCACAAUACGGCUACACAAACAAUAUACAAGAGCUGUAUUUAAACAAUUGUGGUAUUACGGACGAUGGCAUGCGAGGACUGGCGGACGGCAGUCGAGACGAAAGGGCCCAAUGUCCUCUGCGGAUACUCGACGUAUCGGAGAAUCAGCUGACCAGCGCCAGUGCUUCGAGUCUGGUCCACGUCUUGUCCCCGUCAUGCGGAAACCCCGACGCACACGUUCCCUUUCCGGAUUUGAUCGAGCUGAAUGUAUCGCAGAAUCCGUUGCGCGAGGGCGUUCUCGUCCUCGUCCAUCAGGGGCUCGUCCCACGGCACACUCAUUCACUCGCCUCACCCCAUGGUACCACCCGUCUCCAAUCGCUGGAUUUGAGCGCGACGCAUUGUACGGUCCCCGGUGCGCACGCCGCCUUGUCCUCCAGCCACGUGACCACUUUGCGAUUGUUCGACAAUCGGCUGGGUCGAGGCCCCGACGGCUGGAACGCGCUGGAUUUGCGUACCGCGGCUCCGGAACUGGAAAUGCUGGACUUGGCGGGCAACGGUGCCGACCAAGCGGCGGUGGUACGACUACUGCAGGUCUUAGUGGACGACACGGAUCCGGAUACGCUCAUCCUUCCCUUGUUGAAGACGCUCGUCGUGGGCGGCAACCAAGGCGGGACUGAUUUGGAAGACCUCUGUGCCCAAAUCCGGAAGGUGCGUCCCGACUUGGAUAUUGCCCGAGAUAAGAUCCGCAAACGAUAG